UCAUAGCUGUUUCAUUGCUGCUUUGUGACUGUCUCACUACUGCAUUUCUUUUUUCCAACUAUUACAGCCUUCCGGAUUUAUUUCAAUUUCACUGUAUGUCUUACUAUUUUUAAGCAAAAUUUGUCCAUCCUGAAACAGAACUGUGUUAUUGCUAUGAUAACAAGGAACUUAUAUGUUUUAUAGCAUCCUGCUAAACAACAGCAAAAAUCUGUGUAUGAUGUAUGUACUCUGGAGGUCUGUCAGGAAGGUAUAUAUAUAUAUUAUAUUCAAAAUAUAACUUUGAAUUCCCACUAAAAAGCCAAAUACUGAAAAAUUCUUAAAAUUUUGAAGUCUGUCAGGCCAGUGGGACUCUUCUUGUGGUCUAUGGAAAGAUUUGGAAAUACUAAAGAGAAUUCUCUAGCUGCAUUAAAUUUUCAAAUUUUUGUCUUAUUUUGUAAAUUAUUUCAUGUAGUAGUUAAUUAUUUGGUAUUUUCAGGCAGCUUUAAUUAAAUUUUCCCUUUCCUUAAUUAAUCUAGGAAUUACCCCCAUCUCUGAGCACAAUCAGUCAUGGUUUUUGUGCAAAUCAUAACAUCAGAUGGUUGCAUUCAGCUCCCUUUGAAAUACAUCAUCUAAUUGCAUUCCUUCAGAUGUCUGGUGUAUUCUUAAAGCACAGUGAGCUUUGUAAGAAGCUCACAUGAAAACCAUGAGAGGUACUGACUACCAUAAAAAUAAAAGAAUGGACUUGGUUUUUCAUCAGUUCUGGAUUUUUCUCUUCUUUAAUAUGUGCAGGAAACUCUGUGUGUGAAAUUAUGCCUUUAGAAAUCUUACCCCUGAUGAGUCAACUAAACUUGCUCAUUACGUGCUUCUGGUAGUCAUAAUGUCAUUUCACUUCCCCAUUUCACACAGUUGUCUCUUUAAUUUUUCACUCUUGGUUUCAGCUGCAUUGUCUGAGGAAAAUGUGACAAGAAAAGUAGGAAUUCUUUUUUUAAACAAAAUUUAGUGUGAUGAUAACUGACAGUGCUGCAGUAGAAUUAACAAAGAUUGCAGAGAAUUUGAUAAAUAGCAGAACUUUCCCCGAAGACAUGUGACUGAUGAUGACUGUGCUGAAUUUGCUUCCUUUUUCUCCCAAAUGAAGUUUUAUACCAUCGAAUACUGAGCAAAAAAAGUAACUAUGUUUGGACUCCUUUUUUUCAUUUUAUUCACCCCUGGAGUCAGUGAAUUCAUUUGUACAUCAUCAGAUCUUGAAAUGUCAUAUACUUUUUGUGAUUCUACAGCUCAUGAUUUCAUGUUUAAUCUGACACCUUGCAGCACGAUGAACAAAUCUGCCUGGAAGGCUGCUCUUACCUGGAUUCCAAGAAGUGACAUCCACUUUUUGAAGAUUGUCUUCAAUGUCUGGUAUGAUGGUGCCAAAGCACUCCUCUGGAAAGAACUCCUCUGCAGCGGAGCUGACGAUGAAUACUCAGUGUGCGGAACGCUGAAAGGAGAAACACUUGCAUCAGCAUUUGACAUUAAAGGCUCAAGAACAGCAUUUCCAAAGGGCAAUUAUAUUAUUGUUAUGCAAGCAUUCUCUGAUGAUUCUGAGAAUAAUAUGCUCAUAUGCUUGAAUUUCACCAUGAUAGUAAAACAAGAUCCUUUCUGAGAGCAACAAACUUCUCAAAAAAAUUCCAGAGUAUGGAGGUCACUUCUGUGAGCAACUGGAAUCCAAGCUGUGAAGUAAUAUGCACACUGAAUUUCCUGAGGCAGAAUACAUCAUGUGCUGUCUGGGAAGCUAUAAGAUAUAGUCUUUCUCAUUUGUAACAAAACCAUAAUUUGUUGCUCAGUCAAUGUGCCCAAAAUUUCUGGGAAUCAGGCAUCCUGAUUAACCCACAGAAUUACGCUGACUAGAUGUCAGGCUGGUCUUGCAUUUUGGUGCUGUGCCUUGAGUUACAAUAAAGUUGAGUGCUUCAGGCUGAGCUAAAGUAAUCAAGAAGUUUUGAAGUUUUGAAGUGCCAGAAUCAGAAGUUCAUCAGUAUUCAAUUUAAAAUAACACAGCAAUUGAAUUUGGGAACCCUGCUGUGAGGUGGUGGGGGUGGUUUUUGGUUUGUUUGUUUUUUUUUUUUUUUUCUUUUCUUGUAACAAUAAAACUU